UGUGGGAGUAGUAUGAAAACCGCGCGUUUGACGUAAGGGCGCGCGUAAAAUUUUGUUGUGUUAGAUGUUUGAUACCCGCUAGGAAUAGAAAAUUUAAAUGGAUAGAAAAAACUCUCGUAAGAGGAAAAUUGCUGAUAAGCCAAUGUGUAAAUAUGGCUUUUCAUGUUAUCAGAAAAAUCCCGAGCAUCAUAAAAAAUUCACACAUCCUGUCCAGAUUGAAAAUGUUUCUUUUCCAAAAACUGUAAAUGGGGAUUCAGUUUUUAAACUUGAAAAUGAAAAUGAACAAGUAGAAAAUGUUGAAAGUACACAGGCCCUUCAGAGUAAAAAAGAACCAAGAAACAUUGAGAAUGAAGAACUGUCAACUGCAGAAACAGUUAAAGAAAUACUAAAAUCAAUGCCAGAAGACUUCUUCGAUUUUUGGAAUUUCUGUUCUACAGUAAAUAAGUCUAAACCAGAAGAAUUUUUUGAAUGGGGAAAAAAAAUCAAAACUGAAGCAGAUGUCAGCCAAAUACUGAAGUUUUUUGCCUCUAAGGACAUUUUGCAAAAAAAAGAUGCAUUUGCUGAACUUGGGUAUCAUCUUGUUGGUGUUUAUGAUAUUUUGGCAAAAAAACUGCUUGAUGAUAAAAAAGUUGUACUUCACUGUCAUUGGAGAUAUUAUUAUGAUCCUCCAGAGUUUCAGACUGUAAUUAAACUUGAUGGUGGAGAUUUAUAUCACAUUGGUUACUUCAGAGAUGAUCCAUCUGAACUUCCCUCUAUCUUGGCAGCUAAUAAUGCUGCACUGGAUGCAAAACUUACAUUGGUUGGUGAUAAUAUAUUUGCAGCUAUGAAUGCUGAAUUAAUAAAAGGAAUAAAAAAAGUGAAGCCAAAGAAAAUGAAAGAGAAAUUUUCUAAAAUUCAAGAAAAUCUUCAAAAGUUUGCCAAAGAGAAAAGAUAUUCAUUGGAAGUGAAGACAGCAAAAACUAAAGCAAGAGAUAAAAAAGUUGUAACUAAAUCUUUCCAUGGUCUAGGUAUAGUGGUGCCCUUUAAAAAUGAUAUUGGAUAUAGACCUCUACCUGACAGCAAUGCAAAUUUAAAAUCUAUGCUGAAGAAAAUAGUGGAUGCUGAGAGUGAUGCAAAACGAUUGGAAAGAGAAGAAAGUUUAGAUGAACUAAUCACAAAUGUGCAUUUUGCCAAUGAUGAGUGUGAUUAUGGCAUGGGACUGGAACUAGGCAUUGACUUAUUUUGCUUUGGUCAUCCAUAUUUCCAUUCACACAUUUUAAAUCUCUUGCCAUUAGCUUAUGAUUUAUUGAAACGACCAAAAUAUAGUGAGAUAAUCAAAGCUCAUCUUGCUAACAGGAGAGAAGGUGGCCAGUUGGAUGAUCUGGAAGUGUAAUUUUUAUAUUUUCAUAUGACACUUAUGCCUAAAAACUGAUGUGUAAUUUUGGUUCUGGAAUUUGUUUCACAGACUAAAAUUAAUUUUUUUAUGUAUUUAUUAUUCCUUCUGGAGUUCAGCUAUGAAUUUAAAGCAUUUGAAAUGUAUUUUAUGUUUUUCUAAUAAUUUAAUUAUUGCUGAGGAUUUAAAAUUUUUUGUGUAUCAGAAUUUUAAUGGAAAAAAAAACAGUCAUUAUGAGAUCAAAGUUUUAAUAAUUUGAAAUUUUGUUAGCAUUUUAAAAAAUUACUUUUUAUAUCCAUUUAGUAAAAUCUUGAAUUGAAACAUUCGAAAUACAUUGAACAGUGUAUUUAUAGUAUCAUAUGAAAAAUAUUUUAUAUUUUAUUUUGUAUCUUAGUUCUAUAAUGAAAGAAGAACGUUAAACUAAAUAACUUUGAAAUACAUGAAUUUUUUAGUACUAUUUUAGUCAUUUAAUUUAUGUGCCAUCAGAAAGUAAACAAAGAAUUAAGAUGUGACAUUCUUUUAAUAUUAUUUCCAUUUACUCAAAUACUUAAUUUAGAACAUUCUAUGUUAUUAUUGAUUUUUAUGUAAUUAUUUUUCAGAUGAAUUAGUUAUUUAAUUAACAAAUUGUUCAAGUAUUAUUGCAUUAUUUUGAAACAAUGAGGCAACUUUGAAUUUUUAAUAUGAGUUUUGCUGAAUAAAACAGGUGUAAAGAAAAGUUUUGUGGUAACUAAAUUUAAUAUCCAAAAUCCACGUAGUAUUACAGCUAAUAUUAUGUGAGAAUAAUAUUACAGUGAGUAUUCUGUUAGAAUAGUAUUACAGCUAGUAUUCUGUUAAGCUCUGGUUUUAGCUGCUAAAACCAGAACAAUACUUGGCUGUUUAUCGCAGUGACUAACUGUGUUACUUCAUCCUAGGAGUCUGUAUUGUCAGUGAAGUAGCUGGUUGUUUUACUGCAAAUAGUUUGGCCUGGCUGAUAUUCUGCUGAAUUCUGAUUCCAGCUUAUCAGAGGAAUAAUGUAUAAUACAGGGCAUUAGAAUAAGCCGUUUGCAGCUUUUGCCUCUGAUCUGAAAUUGAUAUAGACACUUCGAAUGCCCAAUUUCUUGAAUGUAAUAAAAAAAUUUUUAAAAAACCAUCUCGCACAGAUGACACUCAUUCACCUUAUUUUGUAAAUAAAUCUAUCUAGAGCAUGCAUGCAUAUUUAUACUAAUGAUCUUGAUAAAACAUCACAAAACAAUCAUUAAGUGGUUAUUUUCAGUGUAAGUUAUACUGAUUUUCCUAGCAUACUUUCAAACCAAUGUGUAACUAAAAAUCAGUUUUUGUAGCAUACGAAAGUAAUUGCACAAUCCUAAUACGUCUAAAAUUAUAUAAUGUUUAUAACUUAACUUCAGUUUUUCACUUUUGCAGAUACGAGGGUUGGAACUUUAAUAGUGGCAACGCAGCUGAAAAAACGCUACGCAACAAAACCAAAGAAUCUAAGCCCUUGUGACUAUGACUUAAUUCCUAAGAUGAAGGAACCACUUCAUGGCACUCGCUUCCAAACUGUUCCUAAGUUUCUUGCGGCAGUAGACCGGUCGAUUCAAACUAUCAGCAAAAUAGGCGCUGCUACAGGUAUUCUGCGACUUCCACAUCGUUGGAAACAGGUUGUACACAGUGCUGGCGACUAUAUUGAAGGACUGUAAAAACAUGGUGACAUGAAUCACUUUUGUAUUCCUUGUAAAUAAAUAGUUGCCACUAUUAAAGUUCCAACCCUCCUAUAUCUAAAGUAUUGUGUUUAGAACAUCACUGGUAUAUUAUGACGUUAUUUAUGAUCUGAAAGCUUUAGAAACAAAAUGGAAUAAAAAUAAAAAGAGUAACUGGUUUUCAGAAAUUUCUAAUGCCUGCAAUUACUUUUGUUUUGGUUGGUUUGUUUGAUUAUGGUAAAGUACUCAAGGACUAUCUGCCAAUGGGUAACCGUGCCCUCAUGGAGGACUUUCUAAGCGUGCCCUCAUGGACUGGCUCGAAUCGUUGUUCUACAUGGUGGAAACCAUGCAAACGCACAUGCAGCCAGCCUGUUUGCCUGAAAUCAAACCCAGAUUGAACUACCAGUGUUCAGUGACUUUACUGCUGGACACUUUAGUUUUUAUUUAAUCUUCCAAGUAAAUAUGUCUUAAACUAAAGCAAAUCAAGCUUCAGUAAAAAGUAAAAAAUUUCAUUUCGAGAAAAAGGAAAUAUCUUUAAGAUUUCAAAUUUAAAAAUAAAUAUUUUGAAAUUUUUUGGUAAAAAUUGACUUUUUUGAAUUCUCUGUUUCCAGAAAUGUCAAUCUUAUGAAUUAAGUUCUUAAUCUGCAUUAAUAAAAACAAGUUUGUUUCUGUGAAAGAUCCCUGAAUUCCUCCCAUCUCAGUGAUCUUGUAAUGUAAAAUUAAAAUAGCAGGCUAAUAAGUUCAGAAUACUUAUUUCAUAAUUUGUUUUGACAGUUCAAAGGUUUAUGAAGAUUAUGUUUUUAAGAUUUAUUAUUAUUCACAUACAUUUUAUCAGAACUUUUAAUUCACUGAAUACAGACAUUUUUAAGGAAAUUUAUUCUGUUUCCUUUAAAAUCUAUGCAACUUCUUCAGAAUACAGAGUGUAUAUUGAAGUAAAAAUUGCUACAAUUCUCAAAAAACCUGCCUACAUUUAAUUAAAAGUAUUCUACUAAUAAGGUUAAUGUGUUUUGAGUAAUCCUAACCAAAAAAAAAAAAAAAAGAGCAAGUAGUUACUUAAAAGACUAAAAAAAUCAAUGCAAGCAUAAUAGAAAUUAAUAAUGUUAAGUUAAUAAUGUAGUUAAACUUUAUAUUAAAAAAUCACCCAGUAAGUAAUCCUGCUAUCUUUUGCAUAUAGAUAAACUCUGAUAAUUUAAAAUCUAAAUGUCUUUAGUAGAGUCAGUCCAAGGGUGAGGCAAGUGAGCCGCUUGCCUCAGGUGAACAACUAGAAAAGGCGUUAAAUAAAAUUAUGAAGAAUUAGAAAUUCGUUUGAAAAUUGAAUUAUGAUUUAUAACAUUCAAUUUUGGAAACAUAUCCAAAAACCACCAUUUUAAAAUAUCACAUUUGAGAUAGGAAACUUUAUUUCCGAUAGAUAUUUUAAUCUCAGCUGAAAUAUAAAUAUAAAAAAUAAAUGAGUUCGCUUUCGAUUUCCAGUUUCCAACUUAUGAAAAAUUAAUGUUAUUCUGUUAUUGAAAAAUUAAUGUUCAUGUACAAGUAAAUUAAAAGAUGUUAUUCGGUAUAGGUAAAUUAAAAGAAGCUAUAUAUAACUUAGAACUUAAAUGUCCGAAUUAUAUUAGUGCUGCAGAAAUUUCAAUAGAGCUAUCUAAUUUAAAAACCAUGCUAUUCCAAAAAAUUCUAUAUGUCAAAGCAAGUGCAAGGUUAGCUAUUUCAAAGCUAACUCACGGAUAAAGUUUACUUUAACUGAUCCGAAUUUUAAAGUUGCAUUAAAAUUAUUUUAAAGCUGCAUUAAAAAUAGCAUUGCAAAUAGCUGUUGCUUGUUGUGAAAGAAGCUUCAACAAACCUAAAGUAAUAAAAAACUAUGUAAUAUCUUCAGUUGGAUAUAAAAAAUUUGAAAGGUGUGUUCUGUCUAUAGGACAUAAAUUAUACAAUCAAGUAUAUUUAUAAAAAAUUUUCAGUAUUAGAAAUGCUUGAAAAUCAGUGUAACAUUUUUUAUUAAUUAUGUUUCUAUUUACUGUAUCUUAAUGAUCCUUUUAGCUUUUCAGUAUCCCUGUAUCCCUUUAGCUUUUCAGUACCAGAUUUUGAAAAAAUUUUUAAUAUUUGCAUAAUUUUCCCUUUCCUUAGUGCAUUCAGAGAAUGAGCUUCCUUAAAUUUUAAAAGGGAUUUGGUCAUGUAGUGAUUGUCUUCAUGUUAUAAACAAAGCUUCCCAAACUACUUGUCAUGAUGAACCUUUCUUUUCUAACUGUUGAAUUUUAUGCCAGCCUAAUGCAAGAAUGGAUCCAUCAUAGCAAAGCAAAUAUGAACUGACAAUUCAGUGUACGAUUUUGCUGAGUCAGCUGGACAUUCAUCUUCUCUAAUUAUUUUUGGAUAACUAGAGGCCCAAAGAGAUGACAAUAAAGACCAGUGUGGUUCAAUUUAUAGAGAAGUAGAACUGAAGAUAUCUUAUUAGAUGUUGUAUUGUUAAUAUUGCUAUAUAUUCUUAUUACAAUAUAGGUUUUCUUUUAAAGAAAUAAUAUUGGGAUAGUUUACUGUAGAAUAUACAUGGCUGCUGUUCAUUAUGUUCUAUUACUGUAACUGCAUCCUUCAGAAUUUAAAUUACUCUCAUAAGUUUCCAUUCUCGGUUUUUGAACAAUAAAAUUAGUAAAGAGAGAAGAGAAAUAUAGUAUAUGAUUUCAAUAUUAUUAAUAAAAAAUUCAUUAAAA